CCUGGCUUUUGCCUUUCCUGUACCGGAACGCAGCCGUCUGCCUUCUCCAGCCGCAAGUCGAAGGACCCCGCGCCCGCCGCCGCUGGUCUCUCGGCGUGCCCGUGAUCGCCCCGUGCCUUUCGGUGGUGCGAGGCCUCCACAGUGAGAGUCGAGCUCAUGCCUCAUGUUUGCCAAGCAGGCAAUUGUGUUGCUGAGCUAAAUACCUGGCCCUAGGAUACAGUAUUUUAAUACAAGAUAGUAUUCCUCAGCUAUAGAGAUGGAUCAAUUCAAGGCUUUUAUAGAAUUAAAACAUGCUUCAGAAAGUAAGCUUAUAAUACUACAAACCGAGAAUAAAAAACCUGAAAAAGGUGCUGGACAGUAUGGAAAAUUCAGACAAGAUAAAGCCAAUGCAACGAAGCCUAAGACGGAGAUGGACUUUGCUAUAGUUAUUCAACAAGUGUUUCAGAAUGUCAUUUUGGGGUCUGAAGUCAACUGGGCAGCAGAGCCAGCACUCAGGGAAACUGUUCUGCAGCUUGAAAAGGCUCUCACCACAAUCUAACAAGAAUUCCACUGGACCCGGUGCUGCCAUGUGUGCCUUUGAUCUGAGCACUCAGGAGGCUGAAACAAGAGGACUGCCACAUGCUGAAGACCAGCAAAGAUUUGCACCUUGCAGUUUUUGGAUUUUUGUCUCUGAUAUGUCAUUUCAAUAGCAAGUUUCAAGUGAAAUGAAUUUGCAAUGUUUGGGGAACUCUCCUAAUCUGUAAUUGCUUUUUAGCUUCAGUUAACACUCUAACACAGAAUCUGUCAUUUUAAAUAACAGUAAAGUAACUGGGUACUCUUAAAAGGGGAAUGUCUUAGUCAUAGAAAAGCUACCUCGUCUGAUGUCUGAGGAAUAGGCGUAGUUUUGGACAUUCACAAGGUCCCAGCAUUUAACUGUAAUACUUGUGUGCAUUUCUGCAUUUGUCAGUCACGAUGCAGAGAAGUCUCCAGAGUGUCAGCAGCUGGUAUAAUUCGUAGUGGGGUUAUGAGUAACUGUCUUCUGUUCUCUCUGUGUCUGUUUCUCCCCUCACACGUACUUCUGCACACACACAUACAAAAAUGCUGGCUACACCCUGGCAAUGCUGAUGUACAGUGACAUCCAUGCCCAUUUUCAGUUCUGUUUGGAGACAAGGUCUUGCCAACUUACCAAGGCUGGCUUCAGACUUGGAACCCUCCUGAACAACUGGGAUUAUAAGCAUGUACUGCCAUGUCCAGUACAGCUCUUUAUUAAUUAGGAGCUAUUGAUCAUAUUUAUGGACAGUGUGAUGUUUUCAGUAUUCUUAUUGGAAUAAAGUGAAACUUGAAAAGAUGUGCUCAUUGGAUAA